AGCUUCUCUCUGAUAGAUGGCACAUGAGUAUGUUAGAAGCUAUGCCACACAUGUAAAUGAGUCUCUACAUUUUGGCAAUGACUACGUUAAUAUAAUAAAUUCUCUAUAUGAAAAUAUAACGAUAUGUUGAAUAUUAAUUUUCCAACGCGUGUAAUAAAGAUGUGUUCACGUUUACUCACAACAUUAGAAAGAAAUGUAAAAUCGCACAAGAUAACCUCCUUGUAUAGUGCACAUAAUAUUCAAAAAAGACAUUCUUCCACAACACGUGAACUAUGGAACGUGUUAUUUUUCGGAACAGAUGAUUUUGCUCUCGAGACUUUACGAAGUUUAUAUAAUAAAUACAGAGCCAAAAAACUAUGUCGGUUGGAAGUUGUGUCAGUAUAUAAAAAGAAAAAGAAUUCCGUUAUACAGUAUGCAGAGGAAAAGGGAAUUGUUGUUAACACAUGGCCUCUUGAAAAUAAUCCACAGGAUUUUCACAUUGGGAUAGUUGUUUCCUUUGGUCAUUUGAUACCAUCAAAUAUCAUUGGUUCCUUUCCACUUGGCAUGAUAAAUGUUCAUGCUAGCUUACUGCCACGAUGGAGAGGAGCAGCCCCAAUAAUAUAUUCCUUGAUUAAUGGAGAUACAGAAACAGGAGUUACUAUCCUGAAAAUAAUGCCAGAGAAGUUUGAUAUUGGAGAGAUAAUAACACAGGAGAGAGUAAAUAUUCAAGCAAAUGAAACAUUACCGGAACUGUACGUGAAGUUAGCAAAAACAGGGGCAAAUGUUUUGGUUAGUAUGAUAGAAAAACUGCCGGAAGUAUUAUUAUCCUCGAGGCCUCAGGAAAGGAUAGGCAUAACAUAUGCACCUAAAGUUACAUCAAAGAUCUCUUUGGUCAAGUGGGACGAAAUGACGGCGAAGAAUGUGUAUGAUCUGCAUCGCGGCCUUUUAGGAUUGUAUCCGUUAACAACCAAGUUCGGUGACACAGCGAUAAAAUUGCUCGACGUUCAGCAGGUGUCAAAACCAACUGAUAGAACAAUUCCGGAGGACGAUGAUGUACCAGGUUUGGUGCGAUUUGAUAAAAAGAGUAAUUCACUAAUCGUGACAUGUAAAGGCCCAAGCUGGGUCUCGAUAAAGAAGCUGAUAGUAUUUGGCCAUUCGCCUAUGAGGGCGAUAGACUUCAGAAAUGGAUUUAUGCAGGACAAAAUGAAGAAACUACUUUUUCGGAGUAACAUAAUAUAAUUUACAGUGCUGCCUCUGUCUUCGACACUGUAAAGUUCUUUUGUAAACCUACAAAAAUUUCACCCAGAAGGGAAAACGGAUAUAAUUACAUUAAACUUUUAUUUACUAUAAUAGUAAGUUAUAGACUUAGAAUGUACUAAAUAUAAUAUAGACGCAGUGACUUCACUGUGAAAAUAAUAA